GACUUCCUGUACAGAACUUCCGGUCGCAACUUCCUGUGAAUUUCCGUCAAGCCAACUUCACGGAGCUGUUGUGGUCCGAUGUCGUUAAGAAGAAACCCUUGUCGAAUUACAUUUGAUGUAUAACUCGCUGUUGUGAGGAAAGUAUGUCGGAGUUGAUGCAUGCUCUGGUGAGGGUGUCGGAGAAGGCGGCAGACAUCGCUCGUGCCUGCAGACAGGAGGAGAGUCUCUUCAGUCUACUCAUUGAGGAGAAGAAAGAGGGCGAGAAGAACAAGAAGUUUGUGACUGAUUUCAAAACACUUGCCGAUGUCCUUGUCCAAGAAGUCAUCAAGCACGACAUUGGAAAACAGUUCCCAGGAAUUGAAAACAACAUAUUUGGCGAAGAAUCAAAUGAAUUCAGGAAUGGACUAGGUGAGAAGAUCGAGGUGCGGGUGUGUGAGACGGAGCAGGACACCAGCAGGUUGCUCUGUAAGGUGCUGGGGGAAAACACGGAGGCGGCGGAGGUGUUAGCAAGAGCAGCGCACAGUGACUUCGCCCUCCCUGACCUCGGGACGGGCGACUUCAGCAUACCACUGGACAGCCUUGGAGUGUGGGUGGAUCCCAUAGAUUCUACGUUUCAGUACAUCAAAGGUAUCAGUGACUCAGUUCCGAACAGUAACAUCUACAGCGAGGGGCUGCAAUGUGUGACGGUUUUAAUUGGGGUGUACCAUCUGCAAACGGGGGCCCCUGUCAUGGGAGUCGUUAACCAGCCGUUUGCCGUUUUGGAUCCAGAGACACAGAGGUGGACUGGACAGUACUACUGGGGAAUAUCAUCUGGCUCCAUUAAUGUCAAUUCCCUCCAGUCAUCAGCAGGGGGUGCCAAAGAGCACCACUGCAGCACACUUGCAGCAUCCACCCAGCAGGGGGCUCUGUGUUCAGUAGUGCUUAGCACAGGGGAAGCAGAAUGUGUCAAGAGGGUCUUCCUGGAAGCUCUGAAAGGGGGGGUUCACUAUGCCGCAGGUGCGGGGUAUAAAAGCCUGUGCGUUGUCCUAGGCCUAGUGGACGUGUACGUGUUCUCAGAAGACACGACAUUCAGGUGGGACUGCUGUUCCCCGCACGCCAUCCUACGUUCCAUGGGUGGCGGCAUGGCCGACUUGAAGGAGAUCUUGAGGUUGAGGCAUGAUGGGACUCUGGAGGAACGGCCAGAACUAAUGUACCACACCCCUGUGCAGGACGCCACAGGGCCCGACAGGUGGGCGAAUAAAGGCGGGCUAAUCGCGUACAGGUCAAAAGCACAUCUGAACGAAGUCCUGAAGCUCCUCUUGAAGGCCUCACUGUAGUCAGUAACUCCCUGUCUCUACUUUAGAGAUGGAAUCAAGCUGGUUUGGGCAUGAGCUAAGGCUUGCUGCUUCCAUACAGCAUCAUUUCUGGUGCAGUACCCGCAGCUAGAUGUGCGCACAUCCGAGAAGAGAUAAAGACCCACCACUUCCUGUGAAACGAAGAAGGAAGUCCUAGUCAGUUGUUUAUAACCUUGUGUUGAAAGUGAAAGAAACCGGCGAUGGUCACAUGCUUGUUUAGCUCUGUGCUAGGCCAGCUUAAUGGAAACCGUUCUCUCUCACAACAACAAAAUAACUAGUGGAAAACCCUACUCUACAAAGCAAGCCAUCUUGAUUCAGCUCCACUCUUGAAAAAGAUUGUAAUGAGCCAGUGAGAUUCCAGUUCUUUAGUGGGUUUAGUUUCAGAUCCUCUUCCUCUUGAGUGUCUGAAAAAGGAAAUAUGUGUGAGAUGUAUGAAAUUUUGUCUUUGUAAUCUUAUUGAUUCUUGAAGCUUUAGCCAGCAUUAUGUCAUAGGUCAGAGGUUGGGUUGGUGUGAUUGCCCCCUCCUAUAGGAGCCCCACCUACAGAAGAUCAUGAGUCAUCAGAGGUAGCAGGCCAUUGUUUUCUGAGUAAAGCACAUAAUUAGAAGGUCAGCUGCUCCUCCUUUCUGCCACUGUCAGGAUUAUUUAUGCAUUCAUAAUAUGCACUUUCAAUAAGUUUCAAUGCACAGAGACCAGAACCACUGAAAUAAGGAUGCGUAUUCUGAAUACUAUAGACAAUAAAAGAGUCCAAACAGCAUAUCCUCAGUUUUUUUUUUUUUUUUUUUUUUACUCAUUUUUGAAACUAAUUUAUUUUUCUAAAUUGUUUUGAGGAGGUAUAAGUUAAAAGGAUAUAACACUAGACCAGAGUAGUGUUGGUCCCAGUUUGAAGCUGUCGGUGCAGAAGGUAAAAUGAACUGAACAGGAAACCUUUAUGGAUUUGCAGAUUGUGGUUUUCGCCCUGUUCGUAUAACAGCAGUUCUGAAGAUUAAUAAGAAUUAGCCCCGCCCUGGAAAUCUAGCUAGUUUUCUUCUCCAGGACCGUCAUGGUUGAAUCAUGAUUCAUCUGCAUGACCACUGUUAAGCUUGGGUUCAGCUGUGUGAACAGAAGAGUGAGUGGGGCUAAAUGUCAUUAUCAGGCUCAUAAGACUUUAACUCUUCCUGUGGUUCAGUAAAGUGGAGAUACAUGCAUGCGUGUAAAUUGCAGUGCGGUUCUCUCCAGGGUCUGAUAAACAGUGUCAGCUUGCUGAGGCAUGGUGACUUGAAGAGCACUAUUCUUUUGUGAAGUGAAAGCAAGUACUUCCCGUGACAUGAAACUGCUGAGAGCUUGCAGUUUUCUUAAGUUUUCUUAGAGAUAAUGAUCUCCUUCACUGAAUGGGAUGUUUUUCUGCUCGAGUACACCAUGCAAAUGGAGAUGUUAUUUAUUACAUGCAUCAGAACCCAGAACUUCAGUUUCAACAGUGAAUUAAAAAAAUGUGUAUAUAUUAAUAAUAAUAAUAUGCGAAAGGAAAUUGUAUGUUGUCAGCCAUAUGUGGUUUUACUGUUAACCGUGUUCAAGAAUAUCGCAUAUUUACAGUGAUUCUGUUCUGCCACGUUUGUGUAGACUGGGUAAAUCUUAACAUUGUGAUGCUUGUUUAAAAAGGUAAUCGAACCAUAGGCUGGCAGACACCAUAUCUCAUUGCAGUAGUUUUAUCAGAGAGGAUAAUCCAUUUUAUUUUGAGAAAAAUGUUUCUGUAAUAUUGCUGUGUCAGGCAUACCAUACCAUUUUAGCCCACUGUAGAAAUCUAAUCUGAUUGGGUUGUAAUAAACAGACUGAAUGUUUCAAUAAACUACUGCAGUAGCAUGUGAA